AUGACAUGUUUUAAAAUUACUCAAUUCGAAGACAAAUCGUCGAAUUAUAUGUCUGUCUUUUUAUUUCGUUAUAUGAUACCCAUAGGUGGCAUAUACAGACAAUUAACACAAACCGAACCCAUCAUUAAUUUUCCCUUGAAUCGGUGUAAUGAUUCGCAUGUGUAUCAAUGUCAGAAUUCACCAAAAUGCAUUUCAUUUCAUCGUUUAAUUGAUAGUGUACAUAAUUGUCCUUACAAAGACGAUGAAAAUAUAUUUCACUAUACGAAUCCUCAAUUAUUCGAAAAAAUUAAACAUAAAUAUUACGAUUGUUAUUCUACUAAAAAAUCAAUUCCUCAAGCAGCAAUUCAUAACGAAGAAUGUGAUUGCGGAUUUAGCGAACACGGUUUUUGUGAAGAUGAAGAAGAAUUCUUAAACUUUACGCGAAGAAACAUAUUCUUUCAAAUGAUGUGUGAUCGUUUUCAAGAACUUCAUCCAAUAAUGAUCGAUGGCAAAAAUAUGACAGAUGAAACAGAAUGUGAACAAUGGGAGUGUAAUAACAUCUAUACCCGAUGCGAUGGAAUAAUAAAUUGUUUACAUGGAGAAGAUGAAAUCGGCUGUGAUUCAUCAUCGUUAUUUAAUUGUUCGUCGAAUGAACUAAUCUGCGUCACUAAAAAUACCUCGAAGUUUUCUUGCUUAUCCAAUAGUAAAAUGAACGAUGGCAUAGUCGAUUGUCUCGGCGGGACGGAUGAAUCAAGUAUUUGCUCAUCCGUGAAUGGUGAGGGUGGUUUUUAUUGUAUGAAUAAUGACAAUUCAAUAUGUUUGAAUGUUUUCCAUUUAUGUAAUAAUCAUAGAGAUUGUCAAGAUGGAGAUGACGAACAAUUUUGUGUUGGAAAUUAUGAAAUUCACUCGUUUAUGUACAUUUGUAACUAUCACUACUCAGAGCUCGCUUCAAAUAUCGAAAAAUUCUUGUGUAGCUCGUCAAAAUUUCGUGAAAAAACAAAAUUUAAACAAUUUACAACUGAAGGAUUUCAUCAGUCAACUGAAAACGAAGUGUUUAAAAGAAUCAAUACAAAAAGUCACACACGAAUUACUUUACCAAAUGAUCGUCGUUGUCACCGUGGUCUUGAUGUACGUGUUUGGCUAAACAAAUCAUCUAAUCACUUUACAAGUACAUGUUUUUGUCCGCCCAGUUACUAUGGAGACGAAUGUCAAUAUCAAAAUCAACGUGUCAGUUUAGCCAUUCGAUUUCAUGCUUUAACACAAUCAAGACAAAUUCAAUUUGCGAUCUUGGUUAUGCUUAUUGAUGAUACAAACGAACGAAUGGUUCAUUCCUAUGAACAAUUUACCUAUUUAUCCAUUCGGGAUUGUAAAAUUAAAUUUAAUCUGUAUUUGCUCUAUUCAACUCGGCCCAAACAAUCAAACCGAACAUAUUCAGUCCAUAUUGAUAUUUAUCAGAAACUUUCUCUAGCUUAUCGAGGAAGUUUUCUCUCUCCAGUCAAAUUCUCAUUUUUGCCCGUUCACCGUUUAGCCUUUAGUAUUCGAAUUCCUUCAGAUGACUAUGAUGAUCAACAACAACAUGUCAGUUGUUCAAAGAAAUGUGUACAUGGAAAAUGUUUGAUCUAUCUGAAUAUCAAAGAAACUUUUUGUCAAUGUGAACAAGGCUGGUCUGGUCAAUAUUGUCAUAUUCCAUCUCAUUGUACUUGUUCGACAUCGAAUUCCUUAUGUAUUGGUGUAUCAAGUCAUAAUCGAUCGAUAUGUAUCUGUCGAGAAAAUUAUUUCGGUCAUCAAUGUUAUCUUCGAAAUCCAAUUUGUGAUACUUCACCGUGUGUAAACAAUGGUUUAUGUAUUUCAUACGAUGAUUUCAUGGUAUCAUCAACGGAACAAAAAUAUUUUUGUGCAUGUUCAAAAGGCUUCAGUGGAAGUCGAUGCGAAGUGAUUGAUACACAACUGAAUUUCAUCUUUGAGAAAAAUAUUCGUUUAUCUCAUUCGAUUUUCAUUCAUUUCUUCAAUAUUCUUUUAUAUACGGAUUCUAUCAAAGUUCCGAAACUCUCACCUGUAAGAUCCACAGCUUUACAAGCGGUAUCACAAAUAACUAAUUCGAUUCAAAUCUAUUGGUCAAAACCAUUUCACCUCAUUUUCAUCGAAACAUUGGAUAAAACUUAUUAUUUAACUGUUCUUCAACCGAUUUAUAAUCAUUCAAUAACAAUAAUUCGAAGAAUUAAUUCAUCACAUCGUUGUCCAUCAAUCGGUGAAUUAGUGAAUAAAACAUUUGCUCAACUUCAUGUUCUUCGUCGAAUGAAAUUGUAUCAUUUGAUUUGUCAACAACAUUCACCGAAUUUACAAUGCUUUUCUGAUGAUCUUCAUCUUUGUUUAUGUUAUGAUUAUGUACAGAGACGUUUAGCGAAUUGUUUUCAAUUCGAUCAUCAUAUGAAAUUCGAUUGUUACAGUCAAAAUGAUUGUGAAAACGGUGGUCAAUGUUUUCAAGAUUCACCCGAUUGUCCCAAGCGAUCGAUUUGUGUUUGUCGCUCAUGUUAUUAUGGAAAUCGAUGUCAAUUUAGCACAAGUGAAUUCGGUUUAUCCCUCGAUGCUAUUCUCGCCUAUCAUAUUAUUCCAAAUGCAAAUAUUUUUCAUCAAACGGCGAUUGUUAAACUAAGUUUCUCGUUAACGAUUCUAUUUAUGAUCAUCGGAUUCGUUAACGGUGUUCUUUCAUUGAUGACAUUUAAGAAUAAAAUUGUACUUGAAGUCGGAUGUGGCAUUUAUUUAUUAGGUUCAUCGAUAACAACAAUGUUAACAACGCUUUUUUUUGGAUUGAAGUAUUUCAUUUAUCUUUCGUCACAAAUCUCUCCGCCGAUAAAUCGGUCAUUCUUACGAGUGGAAUGUUAUUCAUUAGAUUUUCUUCUUCGAAUUUGUUUGAAUAUGGAUCAAUGGUUGAAUGCAUGUGUGGCAAUGGAAAGAGCAAUGACUGCGAUUCAAGGUGUGCAAUUCGUGAAGAAGAAAAGUAAAGAAUUAGCAAAAAAAGUUAUCGGUGUUGUUUUAGUGUUCAUUAUUUUAACAUCGAUUCACGAUCCAAUUCAUCGGGAAUUAUUCGAAGAAGAAGACAAUGAUGAUGAAAAUAAGAAAAGAAUCUGGUGUAUUGUCAAUUAUUCUUCAAAUUUACAAACUUAUAACCGAUUUGUAAAUUCAUUCUUGUUUUUUAUUCCACUUCUCAUUAAUUUGAUUUCGACAAUUAUUUUAAUCAUGAAAAAAUCUCGUCAAAAGUCGAAUCUUAAGAAACACCAACCCUAUACAACUAUGCUAUGCGAACAAAUCUUUCGUCAUAAACAUCUAUUAACCGCGCCUACUAUCUUAUUUUUUCUUGCAUUACCACGUCUGAUUCUCUUGUAUGUAUCUAAGUGUAUGGAUUCAAGUAAAGAUUCCUGGAUAUUUCUUAGUGGAUAUUUUGUCUCGUUCAUCCCACCAAUGAUUACUUUCCUGAUUUUUGUUUUACCUUCAGACUUCUAUCGGACAGAAUAUAAAAAAACCAUUGCUAGUCGAUCAAACGUCGUUUACCCCUUUUCACAAUGA